AGGUGGCACAAUGCUCCAUCAAAGUAGAACUUGUUAAUGACAGUUGUGUGGAACUCAAAGGUGAAAUAGCUGGACCUCCAGAUACUCCAUAUGAAGGGGGAAACUUUGUUCUUGAAAUAAAAAUUCCAGAAACUUAUCCGUUUAAUCCUCCAAAAGUAAGUGUAUUUAAC